UCUGAAUCCAAAGAGAUGGUCAUCAUACUGACUGGCGCGUCAAGGGGCAUCGGCCUGGCGGCUGCUCAUUAUCUGCUCAAACAAUCUCACAAGCUUGUCCUGGUCUCUCGUACUGCAUCUGCGCUUACCCAACUCCGCGACCAGUACGGCGCCGACAAAGUCGAAGUUGUUGCUGGUGACCUUGCCGACUUCAGCAUCUCUAAGAAGGCGGUCGAAGUCGCCAAUGACCGCUUUGGUCGCAUCGACGGACUCAUCGUCAAUCACGGAGCGUUGGAACCUGUGAAAAAGGUCGCGGACUCGACUCCUGAGGAGUGGAGCAAGGCUUUCGAUACCAACGUCUUUAGCGCGAUUGCUUUGAUCCAGGCUGCUUUGCCCUCACUCCGUAAAACGCAAGGUCGCAUCAUCCUCACUUCUAGCGGUGCCGCUGUUGGUGCUUACCAGGGCUGGGGUGCGUAUGGUGCGGGCAAAGCUGUGCUCAACCACCUGGCCCUCACCUUGGCGGUUGAGGAGCUUGAUGUGACGACUAUAUCCAUUCGCCCAGGCGUUGUCGACACGGAGAUGCAACGAGAGAUCAGGGAACUCCAUAACAAGGCCAUGACUGAGAAAGAUGCUGCGAAGUUCGCUGGGUUGAAGAAGGAUGGAGGUUUGUUGAAGCCAGAACAGCCGGGCCAUGUCCUCGCGAAGCUUGCUGUGGCUGGGGGCAAAGACUUGAGUGGGAAAUUUUUGAGUUGGAAUGACGACGCUCUCGCAAAGUUCCAGGAGAGUGCUUGAGAGAACAGCGAUGAAAUCAAAAUAGACCAUAACAUCUUAGGAACAAUAGGGAUCUUCUCGGAAGUUAGAUAAAGAGCGCCGAGCCAGGCUGCAGCGCCGAUUUAGACAUGGCAUCCGCAUCGGAAGGCGUCACAACAGCCACACAGUGUACAAUGAUAUGACCAGCUGUGGACAAGCACUGAAGAGCUAUUUCUUUUCCUCUUAGUGUAGCCCUAACCCUUUUCCACAACCACCGCAU